AAUAAUUUUGUUUUAAUAUCUCCGUGCUUAAAACAGAAUUAUAGUUUGAACCGAUGGAAAGAAUUUCCUUAUAUUUGAAGAAGAAUUGAAUUUGGUGCAAUGAAACCUUGAUACGAAUGAAAGUUUCUUAAAUAUUGAAGUUGGAAGCAAUUUGUGUUCGACAAUGAGAAAGAUUCACGUGAAAAAUCGUGCAAUGCCGUGUCAGAGGACCGUGAAACGCGUGUCGUGCCAGUGAAACGACAAUCGUCCGACGUGCAUCCGGUUGUCUGACUACGGAAACGUAAAACUCGUCCCGUGUGCAUCCGUUUUAUGAAUUAAAUAAACAAGGGGAUUGUGAUGUAAGAGAUGCGUCGUGGUGACAUCGCGGCAACCGCGAUAGCCCUUCUGAUUCUUGGGCAGAUCCAGGGACCACGACAAACAAGGGUGGUCGGUGCAGUGGUGGUCGGGGCAGCCGUUUGCGGCCGUAUUCCCGGUCUGGCAAAGAGUCAAAGGGAGCAGUGCAGAAAAGCACCGCACGCGAUGCCAGCUGUGGGCGAGGGUGCGGAGCUGGGUCUUCGCGAGUGCCGGCAUCAGUUCAGACAUCACCGUUGGAACUGUUCCCACGUGGCGAACGAUCAGGUCUUCGGCCACGUGGUCGUAGUAGGAAGCAGGGAAGCAGCUUUCACGUACGCAAUAAGUUCAGCGGGUGUAACGUACGCCGUGACCGCAGCUUGCAGCAGGGGCAAUAUCACCGCGUGCGGUUGCGAACCCACCGUAAGAACGAAAAAGGAACUGCCACCGAAUGGCUGGGAAUGGGGUGGUUGUAGCGCAGAUGUUACCUACGGCAUGAGGUUCGCGCGUAGGUUUCUGGACGCGAGGGAGGUGGAGGGUGACGCGAGGAGCCUGAUGAACCUUCAUAAUAACAAGGCUGGACGAAAGAUAGUUAAAGCCUUGUUGCAAACAGAAUGCAAAUGUCAUGGCGUCUCCGGUUCGUGCACCGUGAGAACCUGCUGGCGAACGUUGCCUAGUUUUCGUCAGAUUGGCGAUGCCCUGAUGAAAAAAUAUUACAGAGCCAGGCCUGUGAUAGCCAUUACACCGCCACCACCCCCAACGAUGCAGAGUUUAGACACCCUGCACUCGACAUCGGCGGAAAUGGUGCCAAUUUUGGGAAACGACGCGAAAACCCAAGGGAAACCGAACGAUCUUGCAAAAUCUCGACGCGAUCGACAACCCCCAAAGAAGGCCAUUAAACCGAGAAGGCCGCACUUGGUACUGAAGAGAACGAAAACUAACGGUGGAUCAAGCGUGGGACAGAAAAGGAUUCCAAAGAGAAGCGAGCUGGUUUUUCUGCAGCCUUCCCCUAAUUACUGCGAGCCGGAUUUGGUACAGGGCAGUCUCGGAACACAGGGCAGAUAUUGCAAUCGUACUAGCAAAGGUACCGACGGAUGCGACUUGAUGUGUUGCGGUCGCGGGUACAACACGCAUCAAUUUACAAGAACGUGGCAGUGCAGAUGCAAAUUUCACUGGUGCUGUCGCGUGCAUUGCGAGACAUGCACCGAACGUACCGAAGAGUACACGUGCAAAUAAACGAUCGAACGUAUUUGCAAUCCCGGCGUGCGAUCAUGUAAAUAUUUAGUAGAUGCAACUGGCCGCGAAGAACUGCCCGACAUCGAUAAACGCGACUCGGAAAAGAAUUUCAACGCGAAACAACCGAGAUCAACGAUAAUUUAACACUGUCAUCCCGUAAUCAUAAUGUAUUCGUUAAUUUCGACCUAAAUAAACGAUCGAAGUACACGUAAGUUUUGUAUAGUUCUUUUAUUAUUUAAUACGAGUGUAAUCAUACGGACGAUAUUUCAACCUGUGAACUCGAUAUUCACAUUGUUAAACGAAGAAAGUAGGUAUGUGAUAAUUAGUUUUUCUACGGAGAACGUCCAAGUAGGACUUGGAUUAUUCAUUUAGAAUACAAAAUACUCAGAAAAAUAUUAAAAUAUUAAUUGAUAGAGGUUCCACGCCUUUGUUUUGUCAAACAAAUUGAUUCACACCCUCCCUUUGAGUAACCCGUAUAAAUCAACCCCAGUGAAAGGUACUAUUUGUAACCCAAAGGAUACUAUAGUGUAUUUAUAUAGACGAUGAGUAAUGUUCAAAGAAUGCUAUAGCAACAUUUUCGAUUUUUAUUGAUGUAAUUAAUGCGACCAUAUAAAUAACGAUACACGAUCAAUUCGUUUUGUCAGUAUAAAAUCCUGUAUAAAUUCUACCAUUCGAUUACUGUUAGAAAAAAAUAUUUCAAAUAGCUUGUAAGAUACCUGUAACACUAACGAACACUAUAUCAAUGUAAGUACACGUAUAAACAACCGCUCGAUCGAAUUACUUACUACCAGAUUGUUGCAAAUGAAAUGACCGAUUUAUUCGUGAAACCUUUCACAAAAUCUAUAUUUUUAAAUUAUGAUCAUAAUAAAUUAGCAAGAGCUCUCGUCGCGGAAUAUUUUCAUUCAAGUUUGUUUGUGUUUCAUUCAACACUUUUCUUUCAUGAUAAUUAUGUUAAACAUCUUAUGCUAUCAACUAGGUCAUUUCAUACGCAACAACUUAAUAAUUUAACAGCCCAGUGGUAUACAGGCUUUCCACGUCUCGUUAGAAACAAUGCGUAAGUUAUUAUUUAUUAAAGAGCGUAAAUUAUAACGGUAAGCAGUGUAUCCGAUUCCUUCGACGACUAAUAAAUGAAAACGCACGUUUCUUAAAACCGUUUUGUUUAUUAUCCACCUCUAUUAUCACGUUCUCGUUUCGUAGACGUUUAAUUAGUGUACCGAGUCCUAAACUAACGUUUAGUCUAAUAACAGAUGAAUGAAAGUAAUAAAUGACCCAGAACCCAGGUACCUCUUCAAAUUACACGUAAUGGGAAAAUCUUGGAAAUUCUGACGAGCCCGGCUCAGGUAACCGGUUAAAGUACUAUGAACGAAAAUAUGGAUAAUGAUGGACACAUUAAUGGCGACAAUACGACAGACCUGCUGACUAUAUAAAGUGACCAACUAGUUGGUAAUAUUAUUUUUGGUGCAAACACGAAACAGAACGUAUCGAACGUAUUCUCAUAUUCGAAACGGUGAGUUAUCAUUUAAUAUCGUUAAUGUGAUUUCCAAUGGAUGGUAUUUAAACUUGACUGAACUGCCAUUUUCUUUAUGUUAAAUUACCAACUAAGAACAAUUUUUAUGGAAUAAGUUGCACUAGAAGAGCCAAUUUAAUAUCUGUUUUGCUCUUUUUGUUACAGCAAAGUAUCAACAAUGAUUCCGGUCGUUCAGAAUUUUCAUCAAUAUGGAACCACUGAAUUUCGCAUCGCAUCAACCUCGGUAUUACCACUGCCACCGAAUCACGUUUUGCUCUACUGCAUGUGCCCGUGUGGUAUGCACAGGACACAUUUCACUGUUGAUCGAAAUGUUUUACUGAAUCACAUGAUGAGAAAUGAACCGAUAGACGCUCGUGGGCAACCCCAUAUACCAGGAUUGCCCCAGGUGCGUUUACGAUUAAGACUUGGACGAAUGAC